CUCUCUCAUUCACUAUUUUACAUUUGGCGCGGGUCUCCACCGUCUUGCUUCUUGCGCAGUAUUUCGUUAAAGUUGUAGUUUCUUGGUAAUGUUAGCGGUGGGGCAAAUGGACGGGUCUCGCCAGAGCGCUUUCCUACUCAAUACCCCACCUUUGGCUGCUUUACACAGCAUGACCGAAAUGAAGACACCACUUUACCCAGCCUACCCGUUAUCUUCCACUGGACCAGCAUGCUCCACUUCACCGACAGCUACCUCUCCGAAUCCAGGCGGUAUCCCGGUCUCGUCCCCGGGGAUCAAAACAUCCACCGGACUUUCGACUCUCGGAUCACAUCAGCAGUGCCCAAUCGCUACACCUCACGGAAUAAACGACAUCCUCAGUCGCAGUCCGGUGUUGGUCACCGGAGCGGCGGCAUCUUCUCCCGCUGGAAUCUUGACUGGACUGCCCCGCUUCAGCAGCCUGAGCCCUCCGCCGCAUCCAGGGCUGUAUUUCAGCCCCAGCGCCGCGGCCGUGGCGGUGGCACGUUAUCCGAAACCUCUGACAGACCUUCCAGGCAGAACCCCCAUAUUCUGGCCUGGAGUUAUGCAAAGCCCACACUGGAGAGACGCCAGAUUUGCAUGUUCCCCACAUCAAAACUCAGUGCUCCUGGACAAAGAUGGGAAAAGGAAACACACGCGACCAACGUUUUCCGGGCAGCAAAUUUUUGCCCUGGAAAAAACAUUUGAGCAAACGAAAUAUUUAGCUGGACCUGAGAGAGCGCGGUUGGCCUACUCUUUAGGAAUGACAGAGAGCCAAGUCAAGGUGUGGUUUCAAAACCGAAGAACAAAAUGGAGAAAACGGCACGCGGCUGAAAUGGCCACGGCGAAGAAAAAACAAGAUUCAGAGACCGAAAGGCUGAAAGGGGCUUCGGAAAAUGAAGACGACGACGACGACUACAACAAACCUUUAGAUCCAAACUCGGACGAUGAAAAAAUAACGCAGUUACUGAAAAAACACAAACCAAACUCAGCUCUUAUCAUUCACACGUCGGAAAACGAGAGCUCGUAAAAUGGAAACGGGACAUGGGUUGUCAAAUUCUUCAAGAAGUGUCAAAAUAUUAUGUAGGCUACUGUUUUUCACCAAGUUUGAGCUCUGGUUUGAGAGGAAUGAUGAAAAUCAGAGGAAUAUGCACUACUGGUGAAGCUGAACGUGCAUCAGUGUCUGCAAUAGACACGUUUCAACGUAAAGACAACGGUACUUUGUUGUAAAUUAACGGCGUGAGUUGUAUCGCAUAGGAAUUAUAUUACUGUGAAUAUUUAUGUGUAAAAUAUUUUGAAUAGUAAACAUGGCAGAAUUCGUUCAUUUCGCUUCAGUUUAAUUUUUGGUUUAAGCUUUGUGAUGCAUUUUCAUGUCAUUAAUUUGUAUAUGCUAGGUGCUGAUCACCCUGAGUUAUUUUUCUUUCUUUUUUUUUCUAUGGGUGUAAGUUGGCUCAGCCCUUUGAUUCUUAAAAAUAAUCAACAAUGGAAAUAAUUUUCAGAAUUUACCACUAAUGGUAAAAGACAUCUGAGCGACAGCCUAAAUUGAGGCUCAGUCAAAUAAUUGAUCUGGCCAUAACACGUGUAAAUAAACAAACACCUAACCAUAUAUUUGUAAUAUAAUGCAUAGUGUUCGUC